CAACUUCCUCCAUUUUAUGUGAGUUUUAUCAAAAAAAUAAAACCAUUAGUUGUGUUCUGAACCGAUGAGUUGAAACAAGUUCGUAAAUUACAAGUAAUAGGCUACAAAAGCUUAAUCGGUUUAAACGCUUUAGAAUCAGCUGUAUCAUUGUCCUUUUCAAACAAACUUGUCUGGGCUGUUCUCUAAAAAUAGUAUGCAUUUUUAUUAUUUGGUUGCAAUUUUGAAUGUAAUAACAAGACUGAGUCAUUAAGCAGUAAAAUUAUAGAUUCCUAUUAAGAAGAAAAUUUAUGACUCCUACAUUUUGUUUCAUGUGAUUCUUUUUAUUUGCUGCUUUUUCUGAGAUCAUGAGUAAUUGGAAUCCUUUCACUCCUGAUUUUAAUCCUCCUCCUGGCAUACCUAGAGGAUAUCCAGGUGCUAUAAAUCCCACUGCUCCUACUAUGAAUCCUGCUUACCCUCACUUGCCUAUGGAUCCUGUUACCAAUCCUUCUAAUAGACCACCAGGAGCUGCAUAUCCUUAUCCUUCAUCUAAUCCUGCACCUGGUUCUCAUCCUCCAUCUGGGUCUCCUUAUCCUCCAUCUGGAUCUCCUUAUCCUCCAACCGGAUCCCCUUAUCCUUCAUCUGGAUCUUCUUAUCCUCCCUCUGGAUCUCCUUAUCCUCCCUCUGGAUCUCCUUAUCCAUCCACUGGCUCCCCAUAUCCACCCACUGGCUCCCCAUAUCCACCUACUGGCUCCCCAUAUCCACCUACUGGCUCCCCAUAUCCACCUACUGGCUCACCAUAUCCACCUACUGGCUCACCAUAUCCACCUACUGGCUCAUCAAAUGCAGCAACUAAUUCUCCUUAUCCAACUGGCCCAACUCCAUAUUCCCAUUCUGGCUCUUCUCCGUAUCCAAAUCAUCAAAACAACUAUCCUCAAUCUAUUAACAAUAAUAAUAGAACAACUGGUUAUCCACCUGGAAACUACGGAAAAAUGGCUGAGUACAUUACUGGUGAAGGAACUGUCCAUCCCUAUCAAAAUUUUGACCCAAAGCUGGAUGCUGAAUUACUUAGGAAAGCCAUGAAAGGCUUUGGCACUGAUGAAAAAGCUAUUAUCAAUGUUUUGGCAAAUCGAAGUAACUCGCAAAGAGUUUAUAUUGCUGUUGCAUUUAAACAACUUUAUGGGAAAGAUCUUAUUGAUGAUUUGAAGAGUGAAUUGAGUGGAAAUUUUGAGACUGUUAUACUAGGACUAAUGAUGCCUCUCAAUGAUUACUUAGCCAAAGAAUUGCACAGAGCCAUGUCUGGAAUUGGAACUAGAGAAGAUGUUUUGAUUGAAGUUUUAUGCACAAGGACUAAUCAAGAAAUAUGGGGCAUAAAUGAAGCUUAUACCCGUCUAUAUGGUAAAUCACUGGAAGAUGAUAUUAAAAGUGACACCUCUGGUCAUUUUGAAAGACUGCUUGUUUCUGCCUGUAAUGGUGCAAGAUCUGAAUCUCCUGCUGAUGGUGAAAGAGCUAAACAAACAGCUCAAGCUUUGUAUGAGGCUGGAGCUUUGCAGUGGGGAACAGAUGAAUCAGUUUUCAAUGCUAUCCUUGUAUCUGAAAGUUUCCAGCAAUUGGCAUAUACUUUUUAUGAAUACCAAAAAUUGACAGGAACCACCGUCACUGAAGCCAUUAAAGGUGAAAUGUCUGGAGAUGUCAAGGAAGGAAUGUUAGCAAUUGCCAAAUGUGUUGAAAACAGACCUUUUUACUUUGCUGAGAAACUUUACAAAGCAAUGAAGGUAGGCUUGGGUACCGAUGAUGACACUCUGAUCCGGGUUGUAGUUUCUCGAUGUGAAAUCGAUAUGGUUCAAAUCAAAGCAGAGUAUGAAAGAAAUUAUGAAAAACCCUUGGUUGAUGCCAUAACUGGAGAUACCUCUGGAGAUUACAAGAGAAUCUUGGUUGCUUUGGUGGGAAAUUAAAAGUUGUCUCGAAAGGAACUUCUAUGCUUUUAAACAAAAGAUCACUGAGAAUAAGCACAGCCUGAAUCUUGUUCAUUUUUAUUGCUGAAUAGAUUUAUUUAUUGUUAAAAAUAAGUAUUAUAUAUUUUACUUUUAAAAAUUCAUUUGUCAUUAUGCUAUAUGUAAAACUAUGCCAGAAAGUGCUGUGCCAUGAGCCUGCUGAUUUUAAUUAAUCAGACUUAAAUUAUUUUUCUUGAACUUCUUAGUGUGCUAAAUGUAUACCAGUGAUUUCUAUAUACUUUAUAUGAAACAUAUUUUAUAAUAAAGUUUUAACUAUUUGUUCCAAA